AAUCUGGCAAUGAAGCGAACAGCUAUCUCAGCCGAAAGGAGAGAAGGCAGUGUGACAUUAUUAUUGUGAGGGUUCGCAUUCGAGGAGGAGGACGCAACUAAGUUCUCAGCAUGAGCUGGUUAAUUAUUACAAAAUAAAAUAAAAUGUUAAUAUUUAGCCCGAGAGUGAGCAACCUUCUUGUCAGGCUGAGCGGCUUUUCUCGGCCUUUUUUCUCCACGACUUGGAAUAUGUCGUCUGACACUCAUUGGCUCUCCCCGGCCGACCGAGAUCAGCAGGUGAUGGAGUUGAGGACCACAGGCUGGAUGGAGGUGGAGGACCGUGACGCCAUUUUUAAAGAGCUUCACUUUAAAAACUUUAACCAGGCGUUUGGCUUCAUGUCCCGUGUGGCGCUGCAGGCGGAGAAGUUGAACCAUCACCCCGAGUGGUUCAACGCUUACAACAAGGUCCAGAUCACGCUGACCACACACGACUGCGGCGGUCUGUCCAAGCGAGACAUCAAGAUGGCCAAAUUUAUUGACAAAAUUUUACUUUCUGUUUAACUUUCAUUUCUCCCAAUAAAUACAAUUGUUCCUCAUCACAAUAAAUACAUUUUUUUCUUCAUCACAAUAAAUAUAUUUUACUUCAUCACAAUAAAUAUAUUUUUUUCUUCAUCACAAUAAAUAUAUUUUUCUUCAUCACAAUAAAUAUAUUUUUUUCUUCAUCACAAUUAAAUAUAUUUUUCUUCAUCACAAUAAUAUUUUUCUUCAUCACAGUAAAUAUAUUUUUCUUCAUCACAAUAAAUAUAUUUUUCUUCAUCACAAUAAAUAUAUUUUGUAUCGAU